UUCAUUUCCACACAAAAACAAAGCUAUAGAGCUCGCAAUGGCUUCCACCACCAUAAAAUUUGCGCUUUUCUCUACGCUGACAAUCUUCUCUUUACAAACCGUAGUUUCUGUUACUCCAUUACCUUUUCAACACCCUCUUGACCCUUUAACCAAAGAAGAGUAUUUGAUUGUCCAAAAAAUAGUCCUACACAAAUAUCCUAAAGUAGCUUUCCACUAUAUUGGCCUAGAUGAUCCUGAAAAAGAUGUUAUUCUCAAAUGGGAAUCUUUCAAACCAAAUGUUAUAACAGUCCCUCGUAAAGCCUUUGUGAUUGCUAUCAUUAAUAGCAAAAGCCAUGAGAUAUUAAUUGAUUUAAGGUUGAAGAACAUUGUCUAUGACACAAUUUACACUGGAAAUGGUUUUCCAACACUUUCUGUUGAUGAACAAAGUGUUGCAAUAGAGCUUCCAUUUAAAUAUUCUCCUUUUAUUGCUUCAGUGAAAAAGAGAGGCUUAAAUAUCUCUGAGGUAGUUUGUUCUACUUUCAGUGUAGGGUGGUUUGGAGAAGAGAAAAGUAAUAGAACUGCAAGAUUAGAUUGUUUCAUGAAAGAAAGCACUGUGAACAUUUAUGUGAGGCCUAUUAGUGGAAUUGCAAUUGUUGUUGAUCUUGAACUUAUGAAGAUUGUUGAGUAUCAUGACAGAAAUAUUGAAACAGUUCCUACUAGUGACAACACUGAAUAUCAACUUUCAAAACAGAGCCCACCAUUUGGACCAAAACAACAUAGUCUUGCUAGUCAUCAACCUCAAGGUCCUGGCUUCCAAAUCAAUGGCUAUAGAUAGUGUUAGGUAAUUUGGGCCAAUUGGAAGUUUCAUAUAGGAUUUGAUGUGAGAGCUGGAGUUAUAAUAUCAUUGGCUUCAACAUACGAUUUAGAGAAGAACAAAUUUCGAAGAGUAUUGUAUAAAGGCUAUAUUUCUGAACUUUUCGUACCUUACCAAGAUCCAUCAGAUGAGUUUUACUAUAAAACUUUUUUUGAUGCUGGCGAGUUUGGAUUUGGUUUGUCGACGGUGUCUUUGAUCCCUAAUCGCGAUUGUCCACCAAAUGCUCAGUUCAUUGAUACAUACAUUCACUCAGCUGAUGGUACACCAAUCCCCUUAAAGAAUGUUGUUUGUGUUUUUGAACAAUAUAACAGUAUCAUGUGGCGUCACACUGAAACUGGCAUUCCUAAUGAAUUCAUCGAAGAAUCUAGAACCGAAGUAAACCUGAUAGUGAGAAGUGUAGUUACCGUGGGCAACUAUGACAAUGUUAUAGAUUGGGAAUUCAAAGCAAGUGGUUCCAUCAAACCAGCAAUUGCACUAUCGGGUAUACUUGAAGUUAAGGGAACAAAUAUUAAGCACAAAGAUGAGACUAAAGAAGAUCUACAUGGUACCUUGGUCUCAGAAAAUACCAUUGGAAUCUACCAUGAUCAUUUCUACAUUUACUAUCUUGACCUUGAUAUUGAUGGUACACACAACUCAUUUGAAAAAACCAGUUUGAAGACAGUAAGAAUCAGUGAUGGAAGUUCAAAGAGAAAAAGUUAUUGGACCACUGAGACACAAAUUGCUAAGACUGAAUCAGAUGCAAAAAUCAGUAUUGGGCUUGCCCCAGGUGAACUUGCAAUUGUGAAUCCAAACAAAAAAACAGCAAUUGGAAAUGAAGUUGGAUACCGUUUAAUUCCAGCAAUUCCAGCUCAUCCUCUUUUAGUUGAAGAUGAUUAUCCACAAAUACGUGGUGCUUUUACAAAUUAUAACGUUUGGGUUACACCUUAUAAUAGAAUUGAGAAAUGGGCUGGUGGACUUUUUGUAGAUCAAAGCCAUGGAGAUGACACUUUAGCUAUUUGGACCAAAAAGAAUAGAGACAUUGUGAACAAGGACAUUGUAUUGUGGCAUGUAGUUGGAAUUCAUCAUGUUCCAGCACAAGAAGAUUUCCCCAUAAUGCCCUUAUUAAGCACUGCAUUUGAGUUGAGGCCAACUAAUUUCUUUGAUAGGAAUCCUGUUCUUAAAACACUUUCUCCAAGAGAUGUUGUAGCUUGCCCCAAGUAAAUCAACUAGCCUAGUUGUUGAUCAUUGCAUUAGUGUGUGUGUGUGUUGCAGUUGUUAAACAGAGUGAUCGAAGAUUUGAAGUUGUUUGCUUAUUGUAUGUGGGAGAUUAAUUAUGACAUAUAUGAUAUAAACGAGAAUAAUUACUA